AGAAACCCACACAUCGAACCGACAGCAUACAUCCACGGCCUGCCUUUUCUCGACCUCCACGAUCUACCGACAUUCACCACGCGACCCCGUCUUGAUUCUAAUCGUCAGAUUCACUUUGCUUCGUUAAUUCUCUCACAUCACUCCGAUGGAUCGAUUUAGGAGCAUGCUCCAGGCCGGCGGCAUGGGCGGCCUGGGUACCCAGCCGGGAGCAGACAACAGCCAGCUGAUCGACAACUCCGAGACGGUCUACAUCUCCUCCCUUGCGCUCCUCAAAAUGCUUCGUCACGGUCGCGCCGGUGUGCCGAUGGAAGUCAUGGGUUUGAUGCUAGGAGAGUUUGUCGACGACUUUACAGUACGCGUCGUGGACGUCUUUGCAAUGCCCCAGAGCGGUACCGGCGUGUCCGUCGAGGCGGUGGAUCCGGUGUUCCAGAUGAAGAUGAUGGACAUGCUGCGGCAAACGGGAAGGCCCGAGUCCGUCGUCGGCUGGUACCACUCGCAUCCCGGCUUCGGCUGCUGGCUCUCCUCGGUCGACAUCAACACGCAACAAUCGUUCGAACAACUCACACCCCGCGCCGUGGCCGUCGUCGUCGACCCGAUCCAGUCCGUCAAGGGAAAAGUCGUCAUCGACGCCUUCCGGCUCAUCAACCCGCAGACCAUGAUGAUCGGCCAGGAGCCGCGCCAGAGCACGAGCAACAUCGGCCACCUCAAUAAGCCGUCGAUCCAGGCGCUCAUCCACGGACUGAACCGGCACUACUACUCCAUCGCCAUCAACUACCGCAAGACGGCGCUCGAGGAGAACAUGCUCAUGAACCUGCACAAGCACGUGUGGACCGAGGCGCUGGAGAUGCCCGACUUCCGGAUCGAGGGCUGCAACAACAAGGAGCGCCUGGAGCGCCUCGUCAGCCUGGCCGAGGGCUACGAGAAGCGCGUCAAGGAGGAGACCGAGCUGACCAAGGACCAGCUCAAGACGCGCUACGUCGGCAAGCUCGAUCCGAAGAAGCAUAUCGAGGACGUGGGCCAGCAGUUGAUCGAGGACAACAUCGUCUCGGUGUCUCGGCAGAUGAUCGAUAAGGAAGCUGCAUUGCCGAAGAGCGACGCUGCUGCCGCGGGGGGGAAGUCGGGGGAGGACCGCAUGGAUGUUGAGGAGGAACUGUAGAGGGGCAGUUGAAAGACCACGUAAACGCAUGGAAGGGACCGACCUAGAACCGAGAUAACCAGGUAGGGGGGGCAGAGAUACCAGGACCUUUGCCUACUGUGUACAAUUAGGGCGGCGUUGUGUGGGCGGGCGCCAGCGCACGAGGAGCGGGCCCAACCGUCGUGUACGAGGCGGAGA